AUGUGCACCCACCUAUGGCGCAGAUAUUAUUGCCCCAGGGCAGUCAAAUGUACGCAGAUCUCUGGCCAAAGACAGCAGCACCCUUUCCCAGACGAAAAGAUCGAGGACCAUCAUCUCAUUCGAGAAAAUGACAAUGUCUACAGAGAGAACGACCAAUAUAGCUUUCAAGAAGUGCCGCACGGAAAGCUUAUCCACUGGGUCUAUAACGUGAUUCGUUGCGCUCAUCUGCACGCAGCGGACUGCGUCAAGGGGGGCUGUCUAGGAAGCAUUGUUCAAAUUUUCAAAGGAGCAUGCUACUUCUGUACCGGCAACGUCGAUGCAUACUUUGAAUCCCCUGACGAAGUCCUUAACACAAUUCCCAGUAAAAUUGACCUCCCGGGGCCAGGGAUAGACUUGAGCGCCGACAGGAUUCAUGUGUUCGAAACGUAUCGGGAGAAGUACCUCCUACAGCUACUCAAACUGUGCUUGGCGGUGCUAUCGAGACCUUAUCCCGUGGAAGCCGAAUCCAGGGACUGGGAGAUGGAGAUGGAAGCCGCCUGGCCAGAGAUCUGGUGCAAGCUGUUCAGGGACCACAUCGGGAGCGGCGCAUUCUACUGCGAAUGCAAGCCGAUGCAGGAGGAGUGGCGGACCAACCCUGCGUUUGCCAUGAGACAUAACGAAGCAUCCUGUGUCCUCGAUAAUUUCGGUUUCAGAGUUGGCGAAGAGGGAACCGUCGAGGCCUUUGCCGAGGCGGAUACAGGGCAGCAUUGGGAUCCGGCUGAGGAAGUGUGGGUGCCAGCAUCGGAGCCAACCGAGAGGGCGAUGAGACUGGAGGGACUAUACGACGAUGACCGCGACUUCCCACAGCACCAGAUAUCGUUUGUGGCAUUGAGCAGAGAUACUUAUGACCGCCGCCUGUAUAAGCUCUUGAAGAGGGCGGAGCAAUGCCGCGACCAUGUGGCGGAGAGAGGCGCACAAACAUCUCAGACACACCCUCGGGGAGAGUAUUGGAACAGCCAUAACAUGCCUUGGCUGGGACUCGAAGAUUGGAGCCGGUCAGUGUGGCGGCGAUAUAACUUCUUGUCCUGGCUGUACAAGUUCCUCGCAUUGGACGCCGGCCUGGACGAGCAAGUCAUGAUGUACGUCGGCGGCGGCCUGCUCGCCGUCCUCAACCCGUGGCCUAACCCACAAAACAUCGACCACUCUUCGCACCCGCAGUACCUGACCUUGAACAAGGAGCUCGCUGCCGCCGAUAUCCUCCAGGAAUGCGUCUAUUGGGUCGAGCACCAUUGGCCGAUUAUAAGCCACAGCACCGCGACAACGGACAGCUUCCGCAACUCGCUCGACGUGAGUUUAGACCUGUUCAGCACCAUCGAUCGCAACACGCAAAUCGCACUUGAGGACAUCAGGUGCCGGAACAGAACGGCGGAAGCCAGAACGCUCGCGUUCGCCGUGCUGCCCUCCACGGCGAUCGAGGACGGUUCGGAGAAUUGCAACAUCUGCAUCUCACCCUGGGACGACUAUCCGAACCACGAGCCCGUGAUGCUCCCGUGCUGUUACCAUCCGGUUACUCAGAAGCCGUUCCAAAAUUUCCACUGA